UGGAGCCAUAAACUCUACCUUCAAUCUAACCAGAGGGAGCACACCCACCUAUACGGGACUGAAGGAGUUCUGCCAAAAUCCUCUGUAGCUCGGGGAGUUCUGUGUUCACUUCCUGAUUGGCCAGAGAUGUGUGACUAUUAAAGGAUCACUUUAGAAAUACGACUUGUGAAAAGGGAGAGAAUGUGGCAGACUGAGCUCAUGACAAAGGCACCUAGGGGCGGGACAUACAUCUUAAUAUCAGAGACUGCAAGAGGAGAUGCCAGGGAAUACGGCGUAAAAGAUCAGGAAGACAGUUGAGUGAGGGUCUGAGGAGUAGGUGAGAAGAUUCACAAUUCCAGGACCAACAAAGAUGGAUAUGGACUACGGGAUAAAAUGGGCAACGGAGCUGAUUGAACAGAAGCUGAAACUGGAAGAUGAACAGCAGCAAAAAAAACACUCUUCCUCUGCAAUGCCAACAGAAGUGGUCCGGUUAGAUGUCCCACAUCUGGAGGAGAAAACACAUGGACCUGUUAACAAGGGCAUUAAAAGUAUUAAGGGACAAGAAAAGGUGCGGAAGAGUUCUUUGGACCUAAGACGGGAGAUCCUUGAAGUUGGUGGCACUGAAUACCUCUUUGAGCUACGCAAAAAACCAAAAAAGAAGGAGGAGAAGAAACCAGAGCCUGAACCAGAAGAAAUUACAGGGCCUGUGGCUGUGGAGGAUUUUUUGAAAGCUGCUGUGCAGGGCAAGGUACAAGUAGUGGUCAAAUUCCUGGCAGAUGGAGGCUCCCCAGACACCUGUGAUGAAUUCCACAGGACAGCUUUGCACCGUGCUUCCCUGGAAGGGCACACAGGAAUUGUAGAGAAGCUUUUGGACCAAGGUGCCACUACUGACUUCAGAGAUCGACUGGAUUCCACAGCCGUGCACUGGGCCUGUCGUGGUGGACACUUGGAUGUUGUGAAGCUCUUGCAGGAAAAAGGGGCCAAUCUGAACCUAAAGGACAAGCUUCUCAGUACUCCUUUACAUGUGGCCACUCGCACUGGUGUAGCAGAAGUUGUGGAGCACCUGAUAAACAGUGGGGUGGAUGUCAAUUCCCGUGACCGUGAGGGAGACAGUGCCCUGCAUGAUGCUGUACGCCUCAAUCGCUACAAAAUAAUUAAGAUGUUGAUUUUGCACGGGGCAGAUAUGUUGGCCAAAAAUCUGGCUGGCAAAACUCCCACAGAUCUGGUGCAGUUAUGGCAGGCAGACACACGGGAAGUGCUGGAAAAGAAAGAGCCAAACACAGCAGAAAUGCCAACAUGAAACAUAGAUGGAUGAACAAAGCAGAUACCUGCAAUUCCAAGCAAGGAGGGUUUGGGAUUAAAAACAAGCAGGGUCAUCUAAAUCCAAUAAAGAGGCAAUCAGAGUAAAACAAAACCAGAAAAACAGUGAAAAAA